UUGGUGAGAGCUGUUAGAAGAAGAAGAAUUAACCGGUGCGAAAUUUCGAAAUUUUUAAAAAAGAUAUAUUUCACAAUUUUCUUCAGGUACUUUUUUUAUAUUGCGUUCGAGAAUUCGAUCUGUAAAGAUUACAUAACAGAGAAACUAUGGAAUCAAGGAUAUCAGCAUGAUAUUGUUCCACUCGUACUCAGGAGAAAAAUCGUUCAAAAUUUUGUGCCACCUCAUUCAUUCAUUGCAGUUGAUGAUUUUAAAUCCGCUAAACAUCUAGCUGAUUAUCUUAAGUAUUUAAUGAAGAACAGAACUGCCUACCUUGAAUAUUUUAACUGGAGAAGGGAUUAUGCUGUCAUAUUUUUGGAUGGAGUUAAACACGAUUCACUCGAAAAACCAUGGGGACUUUGCCAGUUAUGCAGGUAUAUAUUGUUUAAACACUCACUUAUAUAA